UCGCUGCCGAGUCCAUCUUCAAGCGUAUCACCUCCCGUUCCCGUCAUCAACGGCGCAGAGAAGAGAACUUGGUCUAUAGCGUUCAUUGUUCCUUCAUCUUCCCUCAAACUAUGACAACGACGAGCAGUAGUAUCUUCGCUGGUCUAGGAUGCCUUCUUGUCGCCUCCAUCAUUUACUUCCGGAAGCUUAAAGCUAACCCGGCACGAGCUCACCUCCCUCCUGGUCCCAAACCCAUUCCCGUACUCGGCAACGUCAAAGACCUUCGAGCGAAAGAGCUAUGGCUGCCGGCGAUGGACUGGGCGAAGCAAUACGGCGAUAUCACCUACCUUCACGUCUUUGGACAAGGUCUCACAUUUAUCAACUCCUUGGAAUCUGCAAGCGACUUGCUCGAGAAACGAGGCGGCAUGUACGCCGACAAACCUCAGUUUACCAUGGUUUGCGAACUGUGCAACUGUAAGAAUAUGGUUGCCUUUACGCCCUACGGAGAACAGUCGAAGCGACAACGGCGAUUGAUGCACAAAGCUUUCGCCCCUGCUCGCAUCCCGGAUUAUCAUCCCUUAAUGGAAUCAUCAACCAACCUCUUCCUCCGAAACGUCAUUGCAUCCCCGGCCGAUUAUAUCGGUCACGUACGAAGGUACUCUGGUUCACUCACGCUCAACAUUGUCUAUGGGUACGAAGUCACUUCCAACGAAGACGAAUAUCUUAUGAUGGCGGAGGAGUGUGUCGGUAUUCUCGCUAACGAAAUUGCGAGUGCUGGAGGUGUUUGGGCUGUCGAUGUCAUGCCUUUCCUCGCUAAGAUCCCUAAAUGGGCAGAGGGAUUGCCAGGAAUGAGCUUUAAACGGAAGGCGAGGAAGUGGAAGAAGAUGAUGGAGGAUUGGGUUGAUGGACCAUUCGAAUACGUCAAGAACACCAUGAAAAGCGGCUCUUACAAGCAAUCAUUCUGCUCUUCCCUAUUAGACGAUGAAAGUAUCUCGCAAACCCAGGAGCACUUCGAAUUUGACUUGAAGUGGACGGCUAACUCGAUGUAUGCAGCCAGCAUCGAUACUACGAUUACCUCAGUCGCUCACUUCCUACUUGCAAUGAUGAAGCACCCCGAAGUCUUGAAGAAGGCGCAGCAUGAAAUCGAUACCGUUGUCGGACAAGAUCGCCUCCCCACCUUCAGCGACAGGAAGUCUUUGCCAUAUGUUGAAGCCGUCCUCUCCGAGACUUGGAGAUGGGCUUCCCCCGUCCCAUUGAGCUUGCCUCAUAAAUUGACUGAAGAUGACGUGUAUCGAGGAAUGUAUAUCCCGAAGGGUUCCUUGAUCUUCGCCAAUAUCUGGGCGAUGACACGAGAUGAGCGCAUCUUCCCCGACCCGGAGACGUUCAAUCCCGAGAGAUACUUGAACAUGGAUCCAGAGACCAAGAAGAAGCAAGAUCCACGGAACUUCAUCUUCGGAUUCGGUCGAAGGCUUUGCCCUGGAAAUCAUAUCGUAGAUGCUUCGCUGUGGCUGUUGGUCGUUCGCAUGAUGGCUACCCUUGAUAUCUCUACCCCCGUCGACGAGAAAGGCAAUGCAAUUGAUAUUGUUCCGGUUUUCGACAACCCUAUCUUCAGAACGCCAAAUCCCUUCCCCUGCGAUAUGCGACCACGUUCCGAGAAGGCUGUAAAUCUCAUUCGACAAUACGCCGACCCUCGCGCCUCUGCAUAA